AUGGCGACACGCAAGUUUGGUAACUAUCGAUUCGAAUGGACCGACCUUCACCUGUCCAGAGAAGAGACGGAUCCGCUACGCUAUGAAUAUGACGAGCUGGGCAGCGCAGUUGUGGAGAAGCUGCAAGAAGUCGCCAGGGAAAAGAAGGAUCAAGAACCCCGCGACGGCAGUGGUCGGCCCAGAACCGAUCUGUACACACUCCUGUCCGACAACUACAAAAAUGAUGAGAUUCUCGCAACGUUCUGGAAUGAGGUGCAUAAAGUCCCCGAGUGGGUAGAUUGGGCUCAAUUGGAACGCGGCCAAAGGUUCUUUUAUCGGUAUGCCCCUGCAAACCUCAUGGGGUUCGCUUUGCAGGGCUUCAUGGGCGAGAACUCGGCAGCCUCUGGAGUCGUAGAGGUCUUGGUUCGUACAGGUGGCUUUUCAACCCGUGUACUUCUGCGAAGGCUUCUUGAGACGUUUCAAUUCCUCCUUGAGGCGACCAAAUCACUCGAUGCCAUCAAGCCCGGAGGAGAGGGCCAUAUCACCACGGUCCGCGUACGGCUCCUUCAUUCUUCCGUCCGACAGCGCAUCAUGAAGCUUGUCGAGUCUCGGCCAGACUACUUUGAUGUGAAGAGGUUUGGAGUUCCGGUCAACACGCUUGACUCGAUCCACUCCAUCGCGACCUUCGCGUGCAAUCACAUGUGGCUCCAACUGCCUGUGAUGGGUGUGUAUCCGAGCCAGCAAGAAAUCGCCGACUAUAUCGCCCUUUUUCGCUACAUCGGAUACGUUCUCGGCACUCCGGAUCAUUACUUUGAUACUGUUGCCAAGUCCAAAGCCGUCAUGGAAAGCAUGCUUGUCCACGAAUUACACGUGACGCCGACGUCGCUGAUUGUCGGGCACAACUUCAUCGAGUGCCUCAAAGACUUGCCCCCUUUCAACAUAUCGGCGCAGUUCAUUGAGGCGGGUAGCCGUGUUCUGAAUGGUGAUGACUUAUGCGAUUCUCUAGGUCUUGGGUGCCCCGGUUGGUACUCGUACGCGUGCUUCAGGGGUCACUGUUGGCUGGUGCGGUCGCUUGCUCUAGCACAGCAAAAUUUUCCGCCGGUCGAUCGUAUGCUUACCCAUUUUUGGAGGAGCUUACUGCAUCAGGCUGUCAUUCAGAGCAAAGGUGGCUUGGGCGGUGGUACAAAGUUUGACUUCAAACACAUUCCGCACGUGGGUAAAGUGACUGUAGAGACCUUCUAUUUUGGAGUCUUCUUGUUAGGAUGUCUGACGAUCGAAAGGCCAUGA